GAUCGAACCAGGUCUCCCACAUUGCAGGCAGAUUCUUUACCAGCUGAGCCAUCAGGGAAGCCAAAACAAUCUUUAGCCAAGUGGUUUCCAUCUGUUUCUCAUCAGGAUCAUGUGACCAGUGUCAGGCAGUGACCUCCCCAGUGCCCACCCCACAGAGUUCUGUGUUGGUCCUGUGGGAGCAUCAGUGUGGCGUGUAGGAAGUGCUCCAGGGGAUUCUAAGGGGAGGCCCAGAUUAAGGACGCAGAUUCUGGUCCAUUUGUGAGAGCUGAGGCCUGGCUUCAGUCCUCAGAGAGGCAACAAGUUCUGCUCUGCAUGGGCUUUAAAGGGGCAAGUCAGUGCAGCCCACACACCCCAUGUUAGCAGAAUUUGGGGGGAUUUAUAUGAAGAAAGAAGUGUAGACAACAACAACAAUUCCUAGAUUGUUCUCCACAGAGGAGCUGAUUGUCCUGAAUCUCUCCUGAGACGAAAGACAGGAGAGGUUGGCCUUUCCAGCUUUUCAAGGUCCUUCUGCCUGUGGGGGUGUUGGGAGCAGGCGAAGGAGCUGUGCUGGCGCCUCUGAAGGUGUAAUCUCAUGACGCUGAGGUGAUUCUUACCCAUAACCUUGAGGAGAAAACGACCCAGGGCAGGAGGAAAAAGAGGAGGAAAUGGCAGCUUCUCAGAUAAAUGUCCUGAUCCAGAUCCAGGUCCCCUUUGGAGUAAAGGAAGAAUCCCAGUGCUAGGUGUGAAUGAAUGAAGCGGAUGACACAGCAAUAUUGUCUCAGGACGUCAAGGGUUUGUUCCCAAAGAAGCCGUGCAUAAGAGAUUCAUGUGUGAUGUGCUGGGAAGUUCUGAGAUCUCUCAGGUUGGAAAUUUGUACUUAAUGAAAGACUGGGAAAGUUAAGGGGGCCUGUGAUGUGCAAAAAGGAUAUUAUUUUAGGUGUAACCACAUUGGGACAGCUAUUCAUGAUGAAAAUAUGAUUGCCAAAAGAAAUUGAGGAUGUGUGUCAAACUAGUAAAAGUUCUAUUUGAAGUCAGUAAGUCUGGCAGAAAAAUAUGUUUGUUUUAAGCAAGGACCCACAUGACUUAAAACAAACACAUAUUCUCUGAUGUGAAAUUUGAAAAACAUGGAAAGUCGUCUAGUUUAUGCUACAAAUAAUCACUCAAGCCAGUACGAACAUAGGUUUGAGUUAAACAGUCAGUCAUACAUGUCUGAAAGUCAGGGAUUUGAAAGUGAAGGAAGAAAAUCUCACUAUGGUCAAUUUGAGAGAUCCUUUCAUGAGGGCUCAUUACUUUUCCACCAACAAACAUUUUCUCCCUAUUCCAAUAUCUGUUACGUUGGUAAUAAUGAGACAGUCUUUAUCCAGCCACCAUCAUUCAAUGGGUAUCUUAGUACAGAUAAUGUGGAACAACCUUCCAUGUGUAAUCCAACAAGUGAGGCCUUAAGUGAGAGCUCCAUCUUAAGUUUUUACAACAGUAUUUAUGAUGGAGCCAGAAUCUACCCAUGCCUUGAACCUGGGAAUCUCUUUGACCAAGAUGGUCUCAUGAAUCAUCAGAGAACUCAAUGUUCAGAGGACCAUGAUGAAAGGGAUGAACGUAGAAAUGUCUUUUAUCAAAGCUCAAAUCUUAUUACAGAUAGGAAUGUCCAUAUUGAAGAAAAUAACUACAGAUUUAGUGAAUGUGGUCAAGUUUCUAACCAGUCAUCACAACUUACUCAAUAUCCGAGUAUUCAUACUAAGGAGGAACACUGCAAGUGGAAUAAAUGUAGGAAAGUCUUCCCUCAAUUAUCAAAUCUAAACAGACACAGGAAAACCCACACCGGAGGGAAACCUAACCAAUGCACAGAAUGUGGCAAAACCUUUAGCAAGCCCUCCAACCUUACUCUACAUCUCACAGUUCAUACUGCAGAGAAGACUUGCAAAUGUACAGAAUGUGGCAAAGCCUUUACUCGCAGUUCAAACCUUAAUCGACAUAGGCGAAUCCAUACUGGGGAAAAACCAUAUAAAUGUCAGAAUUGUGGGAAAGCCUUUAACCAAAGUACGACACUUAUUCAACAUCAGCGAAUCCAUACUGGGGAGAAACCAUAUAAGUGUAAAGAGUGUGGCAAAACUUUUAUCAGUUGCUCAAAACUUACUCAGCAUCAGAGAAGUCAUACUGGGGAGAAACUAUACAACUGUACAGAAUGUGGCAAAGCCUUUACCAGGCGUUCGUAUGUUACUCAACAUCAGCAAAUUCACACAGGAGAGAAGCCUCAUAAAUGUACAGAAUGUGGCAAAGCCUUUACCAGGCGUUCACAUGUUAUUCAACAUCAGCGAAUUCAUACAGGAGAGAAGCCUUAUAAAUGUACAGAAUGUGGCAAAGCCUUUAAUCAGACUUCAAGCCUUAAUCAACAUAGGCAAAUUCAUACUGGGGAGAAACCAUACACAUAUGAAGAAUAUGGCAAAGCUUUUAAUUGCUACUCAAACCUUACUCCUCAUAAAAUAAUUCAUAGCACCAAAUAGUCUUACAAAUAUAAAUAAUGUGACAAAGCCUUAAAGUUAGCCGUCACCUCACUCAGCAUCAGAGAGAGAGCGUGUGCUGGAGAGGGACCCUAUAAAUGUAAUAAGUGAUGAAAGAGGUUUGUCCUAAGCAUACAAUUCAGGAAACACCAGAGAGUUCAUACUGGGAAGAACGUUUAAUGCUGUAAGAAAUGUAUGAAACGAAUUUAAAAACUCAGAUCUAAAUAAAUACAGAGAAUUCAUAAUGGAUAGCAUUCAGUCAUUAAGCCUUUUCUGGUAUUACUUUAAAUCAGGAUAAUAUAGAAAAUAAUCCAAAGUUAAAACACUUAGAAAAAUUAUUUCUUACUGUGGAUCAUAGGAUCAAGGUGAGAGAUGUUUGACAGUACAGUUAUCAUUGUAUCCUUAUUUAUAUUGACUUUAUGUGAAAUUUAAUAUGAGUCUCAAAAUACUACAUGCUAAACCUUUGUUUCUAGUGUGUAUGUGAGCUAAUUUUCUUUUUUUAACUAAUAUUCUUGAUCUUUGCUGCCUCAAAGUUAAGUGAAGCCCUUCUAUGUUAGGUAGAAAUAGUUUUUAUCUACCUUUCUAUGGAAUAUUAGGACCUUGAAAUGCGAAAUGUACAAUGAAAGUCUAAAUGGAGGUGAUGAUUGUCAUUGUUUAAAAUAUCUCUCUAUGUCACCAUUAGGUAAGUGUUCAGAAAAUAAUUCUUUGUAUUAAAGUAAGACAGAGGGUCAUUCUAAAUUUUAAAUAGUGGUGCCAAUGGUUCUUUAUGGAUAUAAAGAUGGGAGUUCACUGAAAUCCCCAUGUAUUUUUAUAACAGCAAUAACUAGAAGUCAUAAAUUUUACUUGACAUGGUAGCAAUCAGGAAAUCUUAUAUCUAAGAAAAGUAUAUGUAACAUUUCCCUGAAAGGUUAUUUAAUUAAUCUACAUCUUUGUUUACUAAGUAAUUGCUCUCUGUAAACCAUAAAUAUCUUAUUUCUCUGAUCAGUAUAUCAGAAGAACAAGAAUGUUUCCGAAUGCUUGUAAUCUGUGUUUUGAUCAAAGAUUAUAAACUUUGAAAAGUUUUAUUUCGCUUAUGUGUGAACUUCCUAUAUGUUAGUUAAUAAAAUGGAAUGGCUUUUACUAUAUUAAACUUCAGUAUAAUUGA